ACCGAACUGGACCGGUCGGAUAUUGUGCGAAGCGUUAAUAUUCACGCCCCACGAACACACACUCUCUCUUCCCCUUACAUUUCGUGGGGAUCUCGGAUCGCAUUUCUCGGCGCGGAGAGAUCGAAAAGAGAGAUUUAUGGCUGGGCUGGUUAAUGUUCGGAUCAAUCCAGUUCGUCCAUCCCGUUGCUCCCGUCGUUCUAUUCUUCAAACAUCACUUGCUUCUCAUCUACCUGUGAGAUUGCUUACGCAUUCAUUCAGUACUAUGAAACCUUCCAAGCCUCUCUUUGUUGUAGCAGCUUCAUUGGAGGUCUCAAAGGGUACCACUUCCAUGCAGUUCGCCAACACUUUACCUACGAAAGAGAUUCUUGAGAUCUGGCGCAGUGCUGACGCGGUGUGUUUUGAUGUGGACAGCACCGUGUGCUUAGAUGAGGGAAUUGAUGAACUAGCAGAUUUCUGUGGGGCUGGGAAAGCUGUUGCAGAAUGGACUAAUAAGGCAAUGAGUGGUUCUGUCCCUUUUGAGGAGGCUCUUGCAGCGAGGCUUUCUUUAUUCAAUCCAUCGCUCUCUCAAGUUGAAGAUUUUUUGGUCAAGAGACCACCGAGGAUUUCUCCAGGCAUUUCUGAAUUGAUAGAAAAGUUGAAGGCUAAUAAGACUGAUGUUUACCUUGUAUCUGGAGGUUUUCGCCAGAUGAUCAAGCCUGUUGCUUUGGAGCUAGGUAUUCCCCUUGAAAACAUCUUUGCAAAUCAACUACUCUUCGGAAGCUCUGGAGAAUUUCUUGGGUUUGAUACCACGGAGCCUACUUCGCGAAGUGGCGGAAAAGCGACAGCAGUACAACAAAUAAGAAAGGUCCAUGAUUAUAAAACACUAGUUAUGAUUGGAGAUGGUGCAACUGAUCUUGAGGCUCGGAAACCUGGUGGAGCUGACCUGUUUAUAUGCUAUGCUGGGGUACAAAUGCGAGAAGCUGUCGCAGCAAAGGCGGAUUGGCUGCUCUUUGAUUUCAAGGAACUAGUAAAAUCUUUAACAUAAAACUGGAAUCUUUGGAAAAAAAUUGCAUCUCAAUGCAUGAAGCCUUGCACGGAAUUUUAUUUUUUAAGAUUAUUCUUUUUCAUCGGAAAGAAUGAUAUUAAGAUGGCUUGUGGUAUUUUUCACAUAUCUGUACAUAAUUUAAUUAACCUUGUAGCUGUUAUUUCUGACUUUUGUUCUGGAAUUGUUGUCGUAUUUUAAGAAAAAUAAUUUGGAAGGGAACAUUAAGUAAUUGUAACUUUGGUUCUUCAUGUUUUGAUGGAGCUUUUGCAGUA